UCAAUUCUCAAUUUGAGGAUAAUUCCGACAUGUCUACUGGCGAACAGAGCAGUGGUGAGUCUGGACCAUUACUUUCCUCCUCUCAAAGUUCAUUCUCCACUGAAGCGACCUUGCUUUCAACCUCUUACUUCUUGAGGAGCAAGUUUGGAGCUAGUUCAGUCAACGACAAACCUUUCGCCGCUCCACCAGAAGGGACACGCUAUCUUCGGAGUCCGGAUAAAAACCUUGUCCCAAGUCAUAGCGAAGCAAAAGGAUGCAAAGCUUGUUUGGAGCUGGGAAUUGACUGUCCGCUCCUUGAAGAAGGCUCGAGGUAUCCUUGCAUUACCUGUGUUGAGGAUGGCUGUGAUUGCGAGUUGAUCAUCCCUCCGCCACGGAAGAGAGCCUGUGAAGAUUGCCGAAGGAGGCGGAUAAGGUGUUCUUACCGCAAUGGGGGGGAUAGCAGCUUGCCCUGCGAGCAGUGUGCGAAGCGCGGCACCCGUUGCAUUGCCGGUCCGGCUCGUGGAUCGUCCCAGCUUAUGUCUCCAGAUAAGGCGAGGUCAAAUACGCAAGGCACUGGUGUUUCUGAAACAUUUGUCGAAGACGCGCCAGCGCUUUCUAUAGCCGUUAUUGUUCAACCAGAACAAGCCAUAGCCAAGCGGUUACAAGAAUAUAAUCCGCAAGGUUUAUCGACCACCACAGAAGCUUUUAAACAGUCGCACAACUCGAUCGCAUCAAGUUCUAGCACCUUAGUACCCACCGAAUCAAUAUCCUCUGAGCACUUGGCUGGAGAAACAGCAAACACAUCGCCAACCUUCUCCAAUGAAAACGGUGAAAAAAUCGCAGAUGAAAUAGCUUCCGCCUUGAAACGAGCCGAAACAGGAAAUGCCUCGGUCAAGAUCAUCACAACUAACUUCUCGCAUCCCAUUUCCUUCAAUCACCGACCCGAGAAUAGCACAAGUCCCUGCCAUUGGUGCCAGAACGUCUUCUUUGGCAUCCUUGGCCUUGGCGAGCGGCGUGUCACCGUGACGGACUGUGGGAAUGGAAACGGAUACACCGAGGUCUCAGGUGGCCAUUCAAGCAACGGUGUGCCUCCAAGCUGUAUGUGCAUCCAAUGUACGCUGGACAGGCUCUCCAUUGGUGCUUGUGGAAAGCAUACACUCAAGCCGAUUUCGGACCUUGACCCCAGCGCCAUCAAUUUUGAAAUCGCAUUUGGGCAAUUGCUCUCGGGAGUCUCAAUCCUUCUCAAGGAGUCCGUUCCAUGGUGCUGCAUCUGUCCGAGCCCGGCCGCGUACCAAUGUUGUGCGGCGCAGACUGCUGACCGAUUCGGGACGCCAUUGAAGCCAAAUUCUUCAUUUGGAUGUGGCUUGGUGGUCUGCGAGACAUGUGCUGCGAAGCUGACUUCAUUAUACGAUGGAGACCUUUGGAAACUGGUUUGUGCAUCGCGGAAUGAUAACGAUGACUAUGCAAUGGGAUUGCGAGCUGAUGUGGAGUUUCUCUUGCCGGAGGGAGAAUUGAUGAGGCAGAUUAUCCAGCAGUGUAUAUGAUAUUGCAUUGUUGACCGUUGACAAGAAGGAGCAAUAUACCAGCAGAAUACGUUUCUCUUUUGGCCCGGGUUCAUUUCAGCUUUAUUUUGUCAUGAGCUGUGGCUUGUCUCCGUUUCCUUCUUGUCAUGAUGAGAACGGCGCAGGGGGAGCCGGGCAUUGGAGACAUUUGGAUUUUGUUCAUAGGGCUCAACCAAACCAGAUUCACUGGAAUCUACCGCUUCUAGUAGGAGGAUAUCGAUACCGAUUCGGCCCUCUUUUUUUCGGGGUAGAACGAGACGUACAGCAUUACAGAAACCUUUUUUUUUUUUCCGAAUUGCCAUCAAGAUCGGCAUUUAUGACAGAGUAUCAUAUCUGAUGAUUUAUUGAAGCUGCAACCAGUAAUGAUUAUAUGAAAGGAGCAGUGGAAGUUGAACCUGACCGUAUCGAUAAGGUUGAAGAGGGCGUAAUACGUAAGAAUAAUGCACGC